UAAAUUAGGAAGAUAUAAAGUUGGGCCGGUUGGAGAAGACCGAUAAUUGGGCCCAAAAGUGCGUGGGAGGGACAGGGUGGACUUUAGAAAUUUGAAUUUCGAAAAUAUAUUGCCGUUUGGGGAAGUAACAACGGUCAAAAGUCCCUCCCAACGUUUCAUACAUAUUUGACGCUCCCAUUGAUCUUCCCAUUCAUUUUCAGCAUAGAAAGGAAGAGAGCCUUUGUGAGAUAUUUCACUUUCAGAGAGAGAAAUGGAGAAGGGGCCAACUACUGUUUCAGCCAUGGAAGCCUUCGAGAAGCUGGAGAAGGUCGGAGAAGGAACUUAUGGUAAGGUUUAUAGGGCAAGGGAGAAGGCCACCGGCAAGAUUGUGGCGCUCAAGAAGACGCGCCUCCAUGAAGAUGAGGAAGGUGUUCCUCCUACCACUCUCAGAGAGGUUUCGAUUCUAAGAAUGCUUUCUCGGGAUCCUCAUAUUGUUAGGUUGAUGGAUGUCAAACAAGGCCAGAACAAGGAAGGAAAAACCGUCCUUUACUUGGUGUUUGAAUACAUGGAUACGGAUCUGAAGAAAUUCAUCAAGAGUUUCCGUCAUACGGGAGAAAACAUUCCCGUUAACACUGUCAAGAGUUUGAUGUAUCAACUCUGCAAGGGCGUUGCCUUCUGUCAUGGCCAUGGAAUCCUGCACAGGGAUCUGAAACCACACAAUCUCUUGAUGGACCGAAAGACUAUGAUGCUCAAAAUUGCAGACCUCGGGUUGGCUCGAGCAUUUACUGUCCCAAUUAAGAAGUAUACUCAUGAGAUACUAACCCUCUGGUAUAGAGCUCCCGAAGUUCUGUUGGGGGCAACUCAUUACUCUACAGCUGUAGAUAUGUGGUCUGUUGCCUGCAUAUUCGCCGAACUUGCCACCAAGCAGCCUCUCUUUCCUGGAGAUUCUGAGUUGCAGCAGCUCCUUCAUAUCUUCAGGUUAUUAGGGACCCCAAAUGAAAAGGUCUGGCCUGGUGUGAGCAAACUAAUGAACUGGCAUGAGUAUCCCCAGUGGAACCCCCAAAGCCUUUCAACUGCAGUCCCCAACUUGGAUGAUAAAGGGCUUGAUCUGCUUUCAAAGAUGUUGAAGUACGAACCCUCAAUGCGUAUUUCAGCAAAGAAAGCAAUGGAACAUCCUUACUUUGAUGACUUGAACAAGGAAUGUCUCUGAUGCUACGUUAAUGAUGUGGGUAACUUUUUAACCGGAGAAGAAUGGUUGCUUUUCUCAAGCAGGAAUAUGGGGGGGGGGGGGGGGGGGGGGGGGGGGGGGGGAGUAUAUUGGAAGGGAUAACUAUUUGUUGUAACCAAAACGAUGAAAUUAGGUUUUAAGUCGGUAUUUGCUGUGAAGAAAUGACCAGCUUUUUUGGAAAUCUCAUGAUUGCUAUGUGAAUUUGAAUUACCACUUCUCAUGAGCUA